UAUUGACAGAAGGAGAAGCACAGAAGAGCACGACGCAGUGGAGGUAACAACGAGAAGAUAUUCAGAUAUGAUUUCAAGCAAUGAUGGCAGCACAGACGGAAAAUCAUCACACCGUAACACAGGAAGCAAAGGAUCUCCAUGCAUGGUCAGAGUGGGGCCCAGAAGUCUUCCAGUGUAUCCGCUGGUUAUUGCAUGUUUAGGACUGCUGAAUGCUAUUCUGCUCUUAACUGCUGUUGUUAUUGGGAUUUACUGUGGUAAUGUCAGUGAGAGAUCGUCUCCUUACCAAUUAACACCACAAACGCUCAUCGAGGAGGUGAAGCAACUACAAGCAAUACAGAAGGAAGCUAUGAAGAGUCAACAAGAGGCCCAACAAUUAUUAGAACAAGAGAUCAGGAGUCACAAACAAGUAAAGCAGCAGUUAAAGCAGAACAAGAGUCUCUCUGACAACGUUCAGAUGCAGGUCGAGGCUCUGCGAUUGGAGAAGGCAACACUGCAGUCAGACUCCAGUGAUACUAUGCGGAGUUGUGGACGAUGCCUACCAGGAUGGUUUUUAUUAAACACAUCAUGCUACUUCCACAGUAGGUCGCUAUCCCUUCCCUUAAAGAACUGGACCGACAGCAGAGCGGACUGCAUCAGUCGUGGGGCCGACCUGGCUGUGAUUGAUAACUUUGAUGAGCAGGUGAAUCUUUUUGAAUACCUACCCAAGACCGGGAGGAGUCGACCGUUGGGGCCUGGAGGAGUUUGGAUUGGCCUCACAGAUAUUCAAACUGAGGGCACAUGGGUGUGGGUAAAUAACGCACCCCUGCAGGAUUCUGGGUACUGGUUAGAUUCGGAGCCCGAUGAUUAUGGAGUGCUGGGCGAAGACUGUGCAGCAUUUUGGAACUCAAACAACUCAGGAAGAAGGACGUGGUUUGAUGCAAGAUGCCAGAUGACCAAGGAAUGGUUAUGUGAAAGGGAACCCAUCUAGCUGUGCAAUGUGUAGCAGUCCUAAUUCAGGCUGAGUUUAAGUGAAACAGGAGGGAAGAAGAUGUAAACCCAGUUAUCCUUCAUAGCAAAUUUUAUUAUACAUUUCUUUUCUUCAUGAAUAAACAUACGAAAUGUUUAAACAGUA